AUGAUCAGGUCAUCAUCGAAUCUUUCGCAACAUGAUCAUGCUAGUAUUUAUCUUCGUAUUGCCAUAUCAGAAUACGCAAAUAAUUCAUAUGAAAAUGCACUUGAAAAUCUUGAAAAAUCACAAGAAAUUAUUGGCAAGAUGUCUAGAUCAAAUGAUGAAAUCAAUUUUUGCUUUCGACUAAGUUACACUGAUGAUACAGAACUUUCACCAAUGCCAUUUUUAAUAAAUAUAGGUUUAGUUUAUCGACAAAAUGAAUAA